AUGUUUUUCAAAAAUAUCAUCUAUUCAUUAGGAUAUGCAACUAUUGUAACUGCAGUUACAACAGAUCAAUUUGUAUUAGAUGUUUCAUUAGGAAAGUUUGUCAACAAUGUCAAAUCUGAGGGAUCAUUAGUUGUUGAUGUUGAUCCAGGUUUUGGUGCUCAAUUGAAUGUUAGUAUCUAUUCAUUUGACAAUUAUGAUACUUUGGUUACUGCUUAUGAAUCAUACGAAAAAGCUAUUUCUCAACAAAAUUUUGGUGAUGCUGUUCUUUUAGCUGAAACUAUUGAUUUUAAUGGUAUAAAUAAUAAUCAGAUCUUAAAUGGUGACAUUGCUAAUGCUAUUAUUGCUAGAGCUAAAUCAGAUAUUUCAAUAUUCGAUGUUUGGUCAAACUCUUCUUCAACAGCUGAAUUAUCAAAUUAUUUCCAAAAUUUAAAAUCUUUAGCUUCUUCAGAUAAAUUCGAAUUCAUUGCAAAAAGAGAUAAUUUACAAUGUUCAGGAUCACAUGUUCCAGGUAGUGGAGAUUGUCAAGCCCUCGCCAGUGGUUUGCAUAACAGCAUGGGCAAUCAAGUUCCGUAUAGUCCAAGAUCAACUUGUUACUCUUCAUGUUGUGUAAGUUGGUCACUGCCUAGUUCAAUGACCAAUGGAGAUUUAUAUGGUGCUGUUGCUCGUUGUUUACAAAGUUGUAUUUACAAUGAUCAAAGUUGUGAAAUACGUGAUUACGAUUAUUCAGGAAAUACUUGUGUCAGUAAUCGUGCAACUGGAUGUAGUUAA